AUGAACAUUCUGAUAAUAUCAUUCCUGGCGGUGGUUUCGCUAACCACCUUCCCGACGCAGACCCUCUGCACGCCCGCCGCGUCCAGCAGCGACCCGAAGAAGUCGGUCGCGGCCGCCGAAGCCGCCCAGCCGGUCAACGACAAUGGACUGAAGGAGAUCUGGCAGGAGGACGACCGGGAGGUGCUGAUUCGCAACGAGCGCGGCACCAAGAACGGGGGCAGUGCCGCCGCUGGUAAGAAAAAUCACAAGAAAGACAAGCACUCCCCUUACAGUGGCCAGCAGCAGGAACAGCAGCACCAGCAGCAGCAGCAGCAUCAGCAGCAGGGACAACUUGGCGGAGCCCGCGAUCGCCAGCAGCAGAAGGGACAGAAAAAGGUGAAACCGAUCGAUUCGACCCGAUCCGAGCCGUCGCCGAACUCGCAGUGCCGCUACACCAAAGGGCCGUGGACCGAGUGCGAUGCCAAGACUAACACGCGCUCCCGAACGCUGUCGCUGAAGAAGGGCGAACAGACUUGCGUCCAGACCCGCACAAUCCAGAAGAAAUGCAAAAAAGCCUGCCGUUACGAUAAGGGUGCCUGGUCCGAGUGCGACAACAACGGCCAGAUGUCCCGCACGGACAACCUGAAGCAAACCAGUGACGCCACUUGCCAGACGACGAGAGUGGUCAACAAAAACUGCAACCAGGGCAAGUCCAAAGACAAGCAGAACAAGCCGCCGAAGGCCGAAAAGAAGGAGAAAGGUGUCCGCAAGAACCGCCAGUAAAUGCCAACUAAAUGCAAGGCGCCAGAUUUCUACACCGCAGUUUUCCACCCAUGCAACGGCGCUGUUAGCAGUUGGUAGGGCGCAAGCCUACUCCCUCGGAGAACUGAUCACCUGUGGCAGAACAGCAAGAUAAGCUGAUAGUAGAGUACGUUCCAACCAGUGUAGUGUUUCUAUGUUUUUCUUUUCUACUAUCUUUUUGGAUACCCCUUUCCCAACUACAACUGCAGUUUUCCACACUAAGACCUCCGAAAGGGCCACGUGGCCAGGUGACACAUUAUUUAUUAAGCGGUGAAGAAUUAAAACUCGUGCAGCAGAGAACGUGGAAGGACAGCAUUGAAAAUUGGAAUAAAAAUACUAAAAGCAAGGGUACAGUUAUUCAUCGAACAACAUAGGGCCGAUUACACGAUUAUUUUUUUUAUUGUAUGUUAUUAGUUCACGUACUUGUGGUGUCGAUGAAAUGGAAAAUUAAUUAAACUACGGCGAUCCAUGACACGCUUUUCAGUGCCAAAAUAUUCGAAAAAUACAACCAACGAACACAAAAGUACACACACAUACACCAUUUCACUUUUCACGGCGAUGGAAAUGCCGUGUGGGAGAUUGGUGGUUAAGGAACAACUGAUAACAUGCGAAGAGUUCGAAAUUCGAACCCAACUAGACACACGUUUGUUAACGGAAUACACUAAAAUUGUAAACAGGUCACUCAUGCUAGUGAAGUUUUUUGCCAACAAUCGAUAUUUUAACAUACUCCCCUGACGAAAGUAACAUAGAAUUCCGUUGCUGUAGUGCAGCAAAAAUAUAAGGAUAAUGAGAAAAUUAUCAAAACUUGGUAUUCAAGCGCCAAACAAACAAGUGGCCAAAAUCACACCACUGCGCCAACAAUUGAACAGCCGACAUACACUCACCGUUGCGGGCUCCCGUAAGCUUAUAGUUAGAAGUAGCAACAGAAACCACAGACACACUCACACACACACAUUAAAACUGGCAACACAUAAGAACUAUUGCUCCCUUAUCUUAAGGACAGUGUGUAAAAAAAAUCAAAGGAGGAAACACUAACCAACCAUUCAAAGUAAAUUUAGCCAUAUUCUGUAUCCGAACAAACAAACGAGGAACAUAAGUAGAAAAGUGAUAGGAGAAAUCAAAUUGAACACAUUCUACUCCCCUCGUCCGAGCACGGCAUUCAGCGUUAGGUGUACUAUAGGGCAAGCUCAAAGAAACUUCCGGUUCCUUGUAAAGCUUUCUUUGGUCUGGAGGAAGGGAAGAACCGAAAUAAAUAACUCAAAUAGAAUCAUUCGUUUUUCGUGUCCAAAAAACCAAAAACAAAUGCGCGGCAAAAGAAGUUGUGUUUCAAUAAACCUGCAAAAUUACGAGUGUUCUGGUCUUGGGUGGACAUCUUUGAUUCGCUGUAACAGUGUCAUCUCGAUUCUUCCGCGUAAGUUACAGUGCUGUGGACUGAGUGUUCAAGUUAUAUAAGCUUAGUCAACAGAAGGCAGUAAAAAAUAUUAAAAACAGGUGUUAUUCUCGAUGGGUGUAUGCGUGAGUGGUGACAGUGUCCGUAGGAAAGAAUCUUAUUUUUUCAAACGACCUUGCAUAACGCCAUCAAGAAGAGUUUUCCCAAAGGCUGCAACGCGUUUGUUCUUUUUGGAAAACUCUUGGCAGGGUUAAGAGCGGCUAUAUACGGCUGGUUCGUACAUUAAACACACUUCUAAAGAGUUUGUUGUUGCGUAGAAUUCAAUUUUGAACAAAUCCAUUUACCCUCUUCUCUAUAAGCAUAACGAUAGUCUCGUUUUGGUUUUAACCUAGCUGGCACCAUCUUUCCUUUCAUUUACCCGUCGGAAACAUUUGAGUAUGGCUCACAUUGAAUUUCCCAGGAUACCCGUGAGCACAAUUGGUCCCAGGGUGAACCCAUAGCGUAAAAAGAUUCCAAAUUAUAUUCUGAACAGGUAUGCUGAUCGGUCUUCAGCAAAUUGGCGACACACGAAAAGCGCAAAUCGACCCGAUUUUCCAUACAUUAUUACCGUAAGCCACCGUGGUCAGCUCUCUUGUAUGUUUGAUGUUCGUCUCGAUAGUAACGAUUAUUGAUAAAAAAAAACAAGUUAAGGAAAAUUACUGCGGUGAGGCGGUUGGCAAGCGGAUCGUAAACCAUUUCCUCACUCGCUUAGCGGUACACCAUCCUGACCACGUCGUCCGGUACUCACCCAUUCAUUGCAAGCCAUUGGUGGUUCAUGAUACGUGCUGUUCCCUGCGGCGAGCUAGUAAUAAACGAAAAACGCAUAGCCGAAACAAUUACAUUCAUGUUUUAACGCAGUUGAAAUGCAGCCCAAUGUCGUUCGAAGGGCCGAGCAGAAUAGUAACAAAUAGGUGGAGAAAAUUAAAAGAAGUAUAAAACAGCGUCAUGCAAUAACAUCAAUCAAAGGCAGAGAAAGAGGGAAGGAAUCCCAACCGUAAAUUGUAAAGGCCAACAUGAAUUAGAUAAAUAUAUAUAUAUACAACAUCAAAAGUAUGCUAUACACUUGAACACACAACCUAUAGUGACCGCUACGGUGGCAAGUUUGAGGUGAAGAAUGGUACGAGUGCAUGGUGCAGCAAGGAGAAAAAAUUUCGAAUUAAAAUAGAAACAUAAACCAGAGGAAAAGAGGAACUUAUACAGAUAUUCUUAGUCUUUAACGAUUUAACAGUAACGACAGACAGUUCAAAAACAGAAAGGGUGGUCAUUGAAAAAUUCAAUCUUUGGUUUGGUUUUGCGAAUGUUUUGUAUUUUGAGUGAAUAAUUUAAGCUUUGCCCUGAUUGAAAUAGGUGGAAGGCAACAGCAACGUCUUGAAAUCGGGUCCGAGCAUUUGGACUAGCUGAUCCAAGCGUGCGUUGCAAGCUGCGGUAUUUCAAUUCGUACCCCUUCUUUACGAUAUUUAUAUUGCAAGGUUUACGGAUCUUGUGUUUUUUUCGCUUUCUUCAAAUGAACUACAUCUAUUUUAUAAGAUUAAUUUUGUUUCCAUUCAACUGAUGAAGCUUUUCCUAUUAAUUGCUCUUACUGAAAAUAAAUUACAUAAAAAAUACAAUAACUGUAGCAUAAACAAUAGAACCGUAUUACAGAUUGAGGCAACAAGCAGCAGAAAAACGAAAUUCAAAUAUCAAAUUUCUUAAUAAAACAUAUUCUUUUGUGAUAUGUUGUACA